CAGCGUGAUUUGCCCAGUAUAAACUUUGAACGCAAACAGAGUGCGCACAGCUCGUAGAAACGGAAAUAAAUAGAGUAAUAAAAAUAAAUAACAAACCAAAGGAUAUUCCCGUGCAAAGGAUUACGGAAAAGGAUACACAACUCAUAUUAAUAAUAAUUACUUACACGUCACUAAGAUGCCGCUGAAGAAGAAAAGCGAUUAUAUUCCUAUCAAAUGUGAGGGUUGGAAUGGCAAAUUCCUCUACAAUAACGGUUCUACGAAUAAUGUUUCGAAAGUGCGACGUCACAAUCAAAAUGUCACCGAUACCUCAAAUUUCUAUGGCUACAACAGUGAACCGAUCAUUCUGCCCGUCAGCUGGGAUGGCAAUUUUGUGAAGAGUGGCGAAACAUUUAUUCAACCCGAUCGCAAUCGUUCCGAUGACUCUGAAUACUAUCAAUACAAUACGGAGCCCACCGUAUUGCCUGUGCAAUGGAAUGGCGAGUUUCAGCUCGAUCCCAACGAUGUACGCAUCAAACCAGAGCGCAACCACUCAGAUCCGCGUGACUAUGCCGAAGCCAGUCGUUUCAAGCGUGUCAGCUAAAGUACGUUUGCGGGUAUUGGAGAUAGCGAGAUUUCUCGGAGUUCAGCGCUAAAACUGUUUUAGGUUUUACUAACACAUUCAUUGCUACAAAAACACGCCCACUCGCACACGAGACCUUCUUUAGUUGCUGAUUGAAGACAAAGGCUGAUAAGUGAAUUUCGACAAUUUUCGGUUUUUAGUUGAACUUUGAAGUUUUGUGCACUUACGUUUUACUCAUACAUACAUACAUAUUUCGGUGCAAAAAUUGUGUGAAGUCAAAGAUUGUGUUUAUUUUGCCUCUGUCGGCACUCAUACAACAGUCUGUAGUCACUAUUACUGACACUAAUUACUUAAGUUUAAAUAUCGCAAUAAAUUUCCUUGGAUCAUCAAGAUUUUUGCACUGAAAUGCAAAAUAUUAUUAAUAAAAAGUUUGUUUUUUAAUAAAAAAAAAAAGUUGUGUCAAGGA